AUGGCCGACUUACCUAAGCAGCGGGUGACUCCAACGAGGCCAUUUCAGCAUACCGGGGUGGACUACACUGGGCCAAUCAUGCUCAGAACGACUCCGGGUCGCGGCCACAAGUCCUACAAGGCGUUCAUUGUCGUGUUUGUCUGCAUGAGCACCAAGGCGGUGCAUUUAGACGUUGCCUCGGACUACUCGGCCAAUGCCUUCCUAGCUGCAUUCCGCAGAUUUACAGCUUGCAGAGGGCUGUGUCAAACGCUGUACAGCGACUGCGGAACCAAUUUUAUCGGUGCGGACUCUCAAUUGCGUUCAUUGUUCACCGCAGGUAACAAGGAGGCACAGCUCAUCGCGAAUCAGCUUGCCACCGACCGAGUGCAUUAG